UCAAUUAUUAUCCGAAGUCUUUAUCUACACACCACAAGCCUUUUGAGUUUCUUUUCUUCCGGGUACUGUCCACACAAAGCCAAACUUCACAACCGACAUUACCAAAUUGCUUCUCAAUUUCUCAAAGCUUAACCAGAAUCACUCCCUCUUCCUUGAGAGACCUUCGGCUCCAACUCUUCAUCCCAGUUAAGUUACGAUUCCGACUUCUUCAUCAGCAAGCAUGGCAGAACCGGAAACCAAAGAAGAAGACAUCAUCAACAUCGUCGAUGAUACCAGACUGGUCUCAGCUUCCUGAAGAGCUAUUGCCUCUUAUCUCGACGCAGCUAGAGGAGAACUGUUUCGAUGUAGUUCAUGCUCGAAUGGGACCUUCCGGCUCCAACUCUUUCAUCUCAGUUACGACGUCUUCAUCAGCAAACCCUAAAGUAGUAAGCUUUUUGUCAGCAAAUAUGGCAGAACCUGCAACGAGGAAGACGAAGAAGAUAUCAUCUUUGUACCCAGACUGGUCUCAGCUCCCGGAAGAGCUACUGCACUUUAUCUGCAAGAAGAAUCUGAAGGAGGACAACUGUUUCGAUGUAGUUCAUGCUCGCUCUGUUUGCCGCUCGUGGCGUUACUCUGUUCCGUCGUUCGCCGACUUCCCUUUAGAAAGCAAAGACUUGUGCACCCUCCAAAAGAUCCCUUUGUUCCUCUUUAGAAUCAAAACUCCUCCUCUUGAUAGUGAUGCUGCUGAGUAUUUUCUGGGAGGGAUAGGCCGAGAUGAGUCAGAGGAGGAUCAUAUGAAGCAGCUUCUUCCAUCUCCCCUUCAGUGCUCAGUGAAAGUCAAGAUUCCAGGAUCUGAUCCUACCUUGCUGAACAUGCUCGACUGCCAGAUCAUCCCUCUGGGACAUCAGUACAGAAUAAUCGGUAAGGAAUGCAAGCACAUGGCUUUUCUUCCGCUAGACAAGGACCGAGGAGGAGGAGAAUUCGUUGUGCUUGUACCAUGCCAUUCCUGUUUACUGGUGUUAACAAGUGCUGAAAUGAGGUGGAAGCGGCUUGGUAACAUCCCAUAUGCUUUCUCCUUGGAUAUAGUCACUUUUAGAGGCCGGUUUUAUGCAUCUUGUUAUGCCUGUAAUACUUUCGUCAUUGAUCCUUAUUCGCUCGAGGUGACUCUUCUGUUUCCCGUACCUAAGAAUAUACACUAUCUGGUUCCAUGUGGCGAUGAUGAACUUUUCCUGAUUGAGGAGCUUGUGGGAAUCUACCUAGCUGUUGGUGUUGGUGGAUUAGACAUUAGUCAGUUAACAUUUAGAGUAAGUAGGCUAGAUGAGGAGGCUGGUAAAUGGGUUGAGGUCAAUAAUCUGGGAGACCGUGUAUUGUUCAUUGGUGGAGGCUUACGAAAUGUCUCUAUCUCAGCUAAGGAGCUUCCCUAUGGUUGUGGUUUAACCGGGAACUCGAUUUUGUUCACCCAUAUGCCAAGCAAUGUAACUUUCGCCUUUAAAUAUGGUGUACAUACUGGAAACGCGGAAGACGAUCUCAACUGUUGGAGAUCCUCAAGGGAGAAUCCUGUGGUGAAACUCAACACUUCCUUUCCGGUCAUGACUCUCCGGGUUGAACGCUAGGCCAGAAAAUAUACAUACUCGAUCUGACUGUAGCAGAUGUGCUCUGGCCUCUGACCUGUGGUGUGACAAGUAACCUUAAUGGUAACUUUGAUAAGGCAUUCUUGUUAGUAGUGGAAGAAAUCUACUGUAGUUAUCCUUUAGCUUAGGGAAAUUCGUUGGAAUUUCUUAAUUUGUUUGGAAGAACUAUAAUUCAGUUAUGCUGCUGUUAUCAAAUUUGUUGCAAACAAAGAAACAAUGUCGUCCUUGUCCACUAUGCCAUACCCUCACAUUAACAGCUUCUAUUCUUGCUUUUGAUUCUGUUCAGAACCUUUUGAACGUUGUAGAUUGCUUAUGGGUACUACAUUCUGGUUUAACA